GCCGCGGACCCAAGAUGGCGGCGUGUGGACGUGUACGGAGAAUGUUCCGCUUGUCGGCGGCGCUGCAGCUGCUGCUGCUAGCGGCGGCCGGGGCCGAGAAACUCACUGGCCAGGGCGGCCACAACCAAGGCCAAGGCCUGGCCGCCAACUUUGUGCCUUUCCUAGGGCAGGCUGCAGGCGGCGGCCCGGUGGGUCAGCAGCCGCCCCAGUUGCCUCAGUCAUCGCAGCUCCAGCAGCAGCAGCAACAGCAACAGCAGCAACAGCAGCAGCAGCAGCAGCAGCAGCCUCAGCCGCCUUUCCCCGCGGGUGGGCCUCCAGCCCGUCGGGGCGGAGCGGGGCCCGGCGGGGCUGGCGGGGGCUGGAAACUGGCGGAGGAAGAGUCCUGCAGGGAGGACGUGACCCGUGUGUGCCCCAAGCACACCUGGAGCAACAACCUGGCGGUGCUCGAAUGUCUGCAGGACGUGAGGGAGCCUGAAAAUGAAAUUUCUUCAGACUGCAAUCAUUUAUUGUGGAAUUACAAGCUGAACCUGACUACUGAUCCCAAGUUUGAGUCUGUGGCCAGAGAGGUUUGCAAAUCAACCAUAUCGGAGAUUAAAGAAUGUGCGGAUGAACCAGUUGGAAAAGGUUACAUGGUUUCCUGCUUGGUGGAUCACCGAGGCAACAUCACUGAGUACCAGUGUCACCAAUACAUUACCAAGAUGACGGCCAUCAUUUUCAGUGAUUACCGUUUAAUCUGUGGUUUUAUGGAUGACUGCAAAAAUGACAUCAACAUUCUGAAAUGUGGCAGCAUUAGGCUUGGCGAAAAGGAUGCACAUUCUCAAGGUGAGGUGGUAUCAUGCUUGGAGAAAGGCCUGGUGAAGGAAGCAGAAGAAAAGGAACCCAAGAUUCAAGUCUCUGAACUCUGUAAGAAAGCCAUUCUCCGGGUGGCUGAGCUGUCCUCGGAUGACUUUCAUUUAGACCGGCAUUUGUAUUUUGCUUGCAGAGAUGAUCGGGAGCGUUUUUGUGAAAAUACACAAGCUGGUGAAGGCAGAGUGUAUAAGUGCCUCUUUAACCAUAAAUUUGAAGAAUCCAUGAGUGAAAAGUGUCGAGAAGCACUGACAACCCGACAAAAGCUGAUUGCCCAGGAUUAUAAAGUCAGUUAUUCAUUGGCCAAAUCCUGUAAGAGCGACUUGAAGAAAUAUCGGUGCAAUGUGGAAAACCUUCCUCGAUCCCGGGAAGCCAGGCUCUCCUACCUUCUGAUGUGCCUAGAGUCAGCUGUACACAGAGGGCGACAAGUCAGCAGUGAGUGCCAAGGGGAGAUGUUAGAUUACCGACGCAUGCUGAUGGAAGACUUCUCUUUGAGCCCUGAGAUCAUCCUGAGCUGUCGAGGGGAGAUUGAGCACCACUGUUCUGGAUUACAUCGGAAAGGGCGAACCCUGCACUGUCUAAUGAAAGUUGUUCGGGGGGAGAAGGGGAACCUUGGAAUGAACUGCCAGCAGGCGCUGCAAACACUGAUUCAGGAGACAGACCCUGGUGCAGAUUACCGCAUUGAUCGAGCUUUGAAUGAAGCUUGUGAAUCUGUAAUACAAACAGCCUGCAAACACAUACGAUCUGGAGACCCAAUGAUCCUUUCAUGCCUGAUGGAGCAUUUAUACACAGAGAAAAUGGUGGAAGAUUGUGAACACCGACUCUUAGAGCUGCAGUAUUUUAUCUCUCGGGAUUGGAAGCUGGAUCCUGUCCUCUACCGCAAGUGCCAGGGAGAUGCGUCUCGUCUUUGCCAUACCCAUGGUUGGAACGAGACCAGUGAACUUAUGCCUCCCGGAGCUGUGUUCUCUUGUUUAUACAGACAUGCUUACCGCACUGAGGAGCAGGGAAGGAGGCUCUCCCGGGAGUGCCGAGCUGAAGUCCAAAGGAUUCUACACCAACGUGCCAUGGAUGUUAAGCUGGAUCCUGCCCUCCAGGAUAAAUGCCUCAUAGAUCUGGGGAAAUGGUGUAGUGAGAAAACAGAGACCGGGCAGGAGCUUGAGUGCCUCCAGGACCAUCUGGAUGACUUGGCUGUGGAGUGCAGAGACAUAGUGGGCAACCUCACCGAGUUAGAGUCAGAGGAUAUUCAAAUAGAAGCUUUGCUGAUGCGAGCCUGCGAACCCAUAAUUCAGAACUUUUGCCAUGAUGUGGCAGAUAACCAGAUAGACUCUGGGGACCUGAUGGAGUGUCUGAUUCAGAACAAACACCAGAAGGAUAUGAACGAGAAAUGUGCCAUUGGAGUUACCCACUUUCAGCUGGUACAGAUGAAGGAUUUUCGGUUCUCUUACAAGUUCAAAAUGGCUUGCAAGGAAGAUGUGUUGAAACUUUGCCCCAACAUAAAAAAGAAGGUGGAUGUGGUAAUCUGCCUUAGCACCACUGUGCGCAAUGACACUCUGCAGGAAGCCAAGGAGCACAGAGUGUCCCUGAAGUGCCGUAAGCAGCUCCGUGUGGAGGAACUAGAGAUGACAGAGGACAUCCGGCUGGAGCCAGAUCUGUAUGAAGCCUGCAAGAGUGACAUCAAGAACUACUGUUCCACUGUGCAGUAUGGCAAUGCUCAGAUCAUUGAAUGUCUGAAAGAAAACAAGAAGCAGCUGAGUACCCGUUGCCACCAGAAAGUAUUUAAACUGCAGGAAACAGAGAUGAUGGACCCAGAACUAGACUACACACUCAUGCGAGUCUGCAAGCAGAUGAUAAAGAGGUUCUGUCCAGAAGCAGAUUCUAAAACCAUGUUACAGUGUUUGAAGCAAAAUAAAAACAGUGAAUUGAUGGAUCCCAAAUGCAAACAGAUGAUAACCAAGCGCCAGAUCACCCAGAACACAGAUUAUCGCUUAAAUCCUGUGCUAAGGAAAGCCUGUAAAGCUGACAUUCCUAAGUUCUGCCAUGGUAUCCUGACCAAGGCCAAGGAUGAUUCAGAGCUAGAAGGGCAAGUCAUCUCUUGCCUCAAGCUGCGAUAUGCUGACCAGCGCCUGUCUUCAGACUGUGAAGACCAGAUCCGCAUGAUCAUCCAGGAGUCUGCACUCGAUUACCGCCUCGACCCUCAGCUGCAGCUGCACUGCUCAGAUGAGAUUGCCAAUCUUUGUGCUGAAGAAGCAGCAGCCCAGGAGCAAACAGGUCAAGUGGAAGAGUGUCUCAAGGUCAACCUGCUCAAGAUCAAAACAGAAAUGUGUAAAAAGGAAGUGUUAAACAUGCUGAAGGAAAGCAAGGCAGACAUCUUUGUGGACCCAGUUCUUCACACAGCAUGUGCCCUGGACAUUAAACACCACUGUGCAGCCAUCACCCCUGGCCGUGGGCGUCAAAUGUCCUGCCUAAUGGAGGCCCUAGAGGAUAAGCGGGUGAGAUUACAGCCUGAGUGCAAAAAGCGCCUCAAUGACCGGAUUGAAAUGUGGAGUUAUGCUGCAAAGGUGGCCCCAGCAGACGGCUUCUCUGAUCUCGCCAUGCAAGUGAUGACCUCCCCAUCGAAGAACUACAUCCUCUCUGUAAUCAGUGGGAGCAUCUGUAUAUUGUUCCUGAUUGGCCUGAUGUGUGGACGGAUCACCAAGCGAGUGACACGAGAGCUCAAGGACAGGCUGCAAUACAGGUCAGAGACAAUGACCUAUAAAGAUUUAGCAAGGCCUCAGGAUGUGACUGACCAUCCAGCCUGACCUUUCUGCACGCUCCAGGUGAAUUUCCCAGACAAGCUCCUCCGUGCCUCUGCGUGAAGGGGUGUGGAAAGUGAUUACAUUAAAAGAUGGAGAUUUUCUCCGUUCUUUUUUCUGUCCAUUUGCUGUGUGUUCCCGCUAUAGUAGGCACUGGCUAAAUGUGGUCUUUUGGUGAUUCAUCAGCUUUCUGAAGCUUUAUGGGAACAACACUGCUGGCUGUUCUCCCUUGUUGCUCCAGCGUGGAGAUGCAGGUGUGGGGCAGAGGAGGAGGAGCCCAGGCGUCGAGGUUCGGCCAGGCUCUCCUUUGAUUGAGCUUGGGGCCUGGCGUCACUGUGGCUGUGUAGGAGGGCAGCAUGUACAGUAGGAGAUAUAUUUAUAUAAUAUAUAUUUUAUUAACCUGUUAGACGUCCACAAAGUAUUAUAAAUCACGUGCCUAAAACUGUCCACAUAGACCGAGGCCCCCUGGCAUUGCCCUUCCUCUUCCUGCCUCUCCUUCACACUGUUGAGUGCCGCGGUACCUGAGUGACAUUGUCUUCCCUGGAGUGUGUUCAGUGCAAGCCGUGUCAGUUGUGGAUCAGUCGAUCCAGAUUACUCCUUGUCUAACUGACUGACAUAACAUUGGAAUACUGUGGUUUUUAUCCUUUUUUUUUUUUCCCCUGUUUGCUGUCUUUCCUGGAGGGAAUGGGUUCCAGAAGUUGCUGUAAGUUCCCUGCUUAGAGUAAUACAAAUCUUCAGGGAGGCUGCUGAGCUGCUUUGUCCAGUCCCUCAGUCCGCCUCUUAGGGUCUUCUGAUUCUCAGCAGCUCUCCUGGGAGUCUUCAGUCUCGUGAUUCUUGCGACACCUACAAUGUAAGCAGCUGCCACCCCUACAUGCUGCCAACAAAGCUGAGUUGGUCAGAGGGUCCCUCCCUCUCUAGGAACUGGGGCUUGAUAUCCAGAACUGGGACCAUCCCAUGGGAACGCAGGUCUCCAGUGCACGUCAGCGUGGUUUGCAGGACAGGGAUUAGUAUUCACCAUUAGACUGGGGUGGGGAGUAUCAUUCCCAUACCUGCAGCUUCCUUCCCAAUAUAUGGAAAACAUCCUUGUGGUUCUAGUGCAUCUCAAUAUUCUUUGUGAACUGACAGAAAAUCCCAUUAAUUGUCUGCAGCAGAUUUGGAGGUCUGAUGAGUUUGGUUCUUUAAAUGUUUGUUAUUUUUAGAACUGUUCAGAAUAAGGCCAGGCAUGGUGGUAAAUACCCAUAAUCCCAUCUACUAGAAGGCUGAGGUGGGAGGAUCACAAGUUCAGGGGGCUAGCUGGAGCAGCUUAUCAAGACCCCAUCUCGAAAAUGGAAAGGGCUGCAGUGUAGCUCAGUGAUGGAGCACUUACCUAGCCUGUUUGAGUCCCUGAGUUCAAUCCCCAGUAGUGUUAAAAAAGAGAGAGAGAAAGAGUAACUCUGCUGGUGUCUUCGGCUGCUUGUUUCAAGGGAGUCUUCACCAUCCUCCUUGGAGUGGUUUUCUGUGCCUGGCUCUUGAGAGUCCCAUACCUAGUCUUGAGCAAGUUUUUCUAAGCCCAGGGAACCCAAUGCCAUCUGCAUUGGCAGCCUACUCACCCACUCUGCACUUCAUUUGGCCUAACAGCAAGUUGUAAGACACCCCGGGGUGCAUCAUGGGUAUGAAUCAGGUAGUUGAAGCUAGUCAAGAAGAGGAACCCAGGCCCGACUACAGGAGCCGGCAAUGAACUCUGGCCUUUCUCUCUUCUGAUAUAGAGCCCACAAACAAGCAUGUAAAAAGCAGAAUGUUUGGGACAAGGCUUCAGGAGCUUGACAAAUUACAGCAGCCAGGUCUCACCAGCAUCUCACUCUUGGACACAGUGUUCCAGUCCUCUUGAGUCUCCAGGACCCAGGUUCCUGGGCUAGAGGCACUGUGGUCGGAAGGUCAGAGAUCUGGACAGAAUGCCAAACAAGAUCUGCACCUUCUAAGACUUUCUCCCACAGAAGGAGAGUUCCAUGCCUGGGAUACUUCUUUAUCUUGGUGUGUCCCUGGACUUUUCUGCUGUUGCUGCUGUCCCAAGGCUGGUCUGCUGGCAGGGAGCACUGACAGGGGAGCCAUACCAAAGGCUUGGAUGCCCUCUAGGGAAAGCCCUCAUUCCCUACACUCCCAGGAGACCCUCUGGUUCCCUGCUCUAGCCCCAGUUCUGUGGAUCCAGUUGAUUUGUCUGAGCCAGUGCUAGUGUGUCCUUAGAAGCUAGGGGACUCGAGGGCUGUGGAGGAGCUAGUGUUUAUGAGCUGGUGCUGCUGGGAACUCGCUGCAGCACCCUGGUGGUCUCAUCUCUCCUGUGUGGCCCAGCAGGCUGGAGGACAUGGGGAAGAGACUGCUUUCCUAGGAGAUGUGGCAGAAAGAGAUUAAAAUUCCAUGUCUUCCUGCUUCCUGGGGUCAACUGAUAGAAGAAUCCAACGGCAAGGAUGCUGACAUUUAUAUUUUAUUAGAUUGGUAAGGAAAUUAUGUGGCUAAUGUCCCUCAACCUUCACAAGAGAAUAUUCACUCUUGUACGUCAUUGUGACUUCUGGAACUAUCCCCAUCCUCUCCACCUUCAGGAUAAUAAUACCACUUCUGUCCAAACGAUCUCCCUAGUAUGAGUCAUGGGGGCACUUCCUGGGUCUCCUUUGCUAGCUGGUCUUAAGUCCCUCCGAGAUAAGACCUUCCCCUGCCCCAUCACAAAACAAGCCUUCUCCACAUGUGAUGGAUCUCAGUAUCUCAGUAAGAGGAUGAGAAAAGCUAGCUGGAUUGAAGCCCUCAGAAGUCAUCCAUUCCAGCCUGGCACCAAUACUCCAAAUUGUGAUCAUAGAAUCAAAAGAAGAAUGUGGCUUUUUAAUUUUGUGUAUUUUGAAAUGUUAACUUAUACUUUAGCUUCUUAGGAGUUUUACAAAACUCAACUCCAUGCCCUUCGAUUGCUCACUAUUUGAGCACACCGAAGUAAUUUUACAAUGUACAGCGCCCUAGUGUCCUUAGUUCUGUUGGGGAUUCACAUUACUUCUCUCCUGUCACCUCUCCAUCUCUUGGCUUUGAUUCCCAACGGGACUUGGACAGGAUCUUUUGCCUGGCCUUCCCCCUCUCCAUUUGUGUUUGAUUUGCCAUCCAUAACUACACUCCCCCUUUGUCCCUCCACCAGAGAGGACCAGGCUACCUGUAAGGGCAGUCAAGUUUGAAGAUGAGUCCCCCUUCCUACCCAGACCUCAUACAACAUGUGAAUCUUAAACCCAGACUGCACUUCAGGCUCACAUUCUUCCCAAGCCAUCCAGUGAGUCUGAUGUGGGGACCUAGGGACUGUUUUGUUACCUGGAGCACAAAGAUGGAUCAGUCAGCAGAUAGGUGGUAAUGAGGUCCUGAUGGGGGUCUCCUCUUCCCUCUUCUCCCCUGCAACCCAGGGGACACUAGGCCCUGCACAGUGGAGAGAUCUUCCCAACAAGGAAGUGGUGUGGACAGUGCCUGUGUUGUGUUUGCCUUCCCCGCAGCAUAGAGCUGACAUCUGGACCUCCCUCUGCCGGGCAACAGGUGGUUGGAACAGGUGCCCAGAUCACACUAGUGCACUGGGCAGCAAGCUUCCCAAGUGGCUGCCUCCAGCUCAAAGCCCCCAGCUCAGUCCUGGCAGGACAGGCUGCACGGCAGUCCUGUGUGAAAUCUUAGGCCUCUUGACCUUUUUUUUUUUUUUUUCUCUCGAAAGAAAAGUACAAUUAACAAGCCUCUUUUGUAAAUGGGUUUCCUUUCUAUGUAUAGAAUCCCGGCAGUUCCUUGUUUUUACAUGUUCAUGCUGUGUAAUUUUGAGAUGUUACUGAGAUUCUGAACAUAGUGUGCAUUUUUUUCUGUACAGAUGAAACGGGAGAAUUUAAUAAAGAGUUUGCAGGUUUGUACUUGUUAAA